AGCACAUUGACACAUGCACAAGCACUGACACUGGUGUGGUGUAAGCACUUUUUAUAGUGGUGUUAUUUUUUUAGUUUUUAUUAUCAAUAAUAGAUGCUUAGUGUCGUAGGUCCUCUAUUUUUAUAUGCAAGCUUAUUCUUGCACGGAAAACGGAUCCGCAAAAUAUGAUAGGUCCUCCAGUGUAGAAGAGGAUACCGUUAACCAAAGAAAUGUCUGGACAACAUCAAUGAAAAUGUAAAUAAUUAUAUUACACGGAGAGCAUGAAGAUACAACGGAAUUGUCAAUCCUAACGCGCAGCAUGCCGUUAUUUGUCCACAGUAAACAGGGAUAAAUAGUAUUGCAGGCUACGAAGGCAAGGCUGAAAAAGGGAAAAAGAUGAGGAUGCCAUCACCAAGCUCUGUGCGUGGACGUAUGCAUGUGGAAAACGCAAGCAUGCUUUGCGUAGACCCAGAUGCCUCCACUCCCUCUUGACGAGCGCAUAGUGGUUAUUCAGCGCCCUAAAAACUUGGCCCUACCUGGGUCCUCCCCACAGCCCCACUCCCAUAUAACAGCCCAUAGCAACAAACUUCUCUCCCGCCCUUCUCAUCCCCACCCUCCUCAGUCUUACCCCAAUCCUCCCUCCUCGAACUCACUGUCUUUGGAAUGCAAGCGCAGAUCAUCAUCCCGUCUGCAGAAAACCAAGGUCGACAAGGCCAUUGUCUCAGAGGGUACCAGACACACCCCUAGCCACUGUCACAGCAACGGGACAGUGACUCUUGGCCCUAGACCACACCAACACACACAUACCAUCGACAUCAAGUUAUCUGUGAACAAAGGAACAAAAGGAGGGGGGCAGAGCAACUCUUUAGUUCGCAGUGGGAGUGUGAAGGGGAGCAAAAAAAGGGUUUCGUUGCGCUUGGAUCCAGGAUACGGGGAGAAAAACACUGGAGGAACAUCAGGGAAGCCUGGAGGAGCAGCGCAGCAACUCCAAAACCAUCCACAGAACCAGAGACAGGCCUCACCAGGCAGUCACCAUCAGAAUCAUCUGGCUGUAUCCCCGGGAGGAGUCUUAGAGUUUGUCCCAUCUCAGAGACAGCAGUCCAAGUCCAGAAGAGAGAAGGUGCAGAACGUGUCCUCCAAAGUCUGCUCUGCCAGCUUCCCCCCCAGAGGUGCCCGGGAAGUGCCCUACGUGGGUAACAAAGAGAAUUCCAAACUGGGACCUGUCCAUCAAAACCCCAACCCCCACAGCCUGCCCGGCCACCACAACUCUGUCCCUGUGCCCCAUGCCGCUGUUCUAAACUCCCACUACCCUGUCCCCCCUCCCUCCCACCACCCCCGUGCUCCUACCUCGUUUCAGCAACCCCUCAACCAGCCUCGUCCAUCCCGCGGCAGGGACCAUCGUCCUCAGAUCCUCCACGGCCUACCCCUCUCUCCCUGUUCCUCCCGUGGGGGUUUCCCCAGCCCAGACCACACCUGUACCAUCGACUUCUCACAUCCCUUCAGCUGUGGCUGCUGGAAGCUGGUCCGCUGCAGGGGGGGCAGGGGACGUUCUGCUGGCUGCCAGAGGGGUAGGGGGAGUCCGUCUUCCUCUUUCUCCUGUGGCCACGGCCACGGGGUUGUAGGUGUGAACCACAGAGGGGGCGCAGCAAUGGGAUUAAGAACUCUUGGGGGAUGUUUGUCCACAGCCUCCACCACCAACACCUCAUCCUCCAACAGCACUGUGUCGGACUGCCGCACGGGCUUGCUCAGACCCCUGAGAUGUGCCUCCUGCUCCGGGGAGGCUGGCGCCUUUGAGAGUCCUGCUGCAUUCCGCAAAAAACUGGUGGGGGGAUGUCUGCCCUGUACCCCACUAUCCUCCUCAGCCCCACUGCGAGCCUUACAGAGUUGUGUGAGUGGCUGCAACCCCAAAGCCAGUCAGGCCGGCAGCUCUACCUGCAGCUAUUGUAGCAGCGACCCUAUAGUUGUCACCUUCAACCCCUGUCGGGGCGGCAAGCCCCCUGGGAUGGGCAGGGGUGUAGGGGCAGGGCCCCCCAUGGGAAUAUUCCCCGCUGAUGAUGAUGAUUACAGAGUGCGCACAAUCUGGCCCGAGGACCUGGCGAAAAAGAUGACCAGGUCUAAAACCCAACAGAACCAGCAGAGCUGUGCAGGGAUGGCUAUGGGAGUGGGGAAGACAAGUGUGGGUCAGAACCAAAACAGCAGCAACGGAACCAGCCCUGUCACCCUGGACUGUAGGAACCUAUUGGAGUUCACCCGGAAUCAGAUAACAGACCACGCUGGCCGACGCCGUCUUCAGCAGGGCAAGAUGGCCGUCCUAGAUUUUAUUGGGUCUGGGCCUGGGCGAGAUCCAGACCAGGACUCCCUAAAGAGGCUCUGGAACAAAGGUGGGGAGUCAGGAAAGGUGGAUGGCAUGGGGCAGGAAGGCAAUAUUACAUACCCUCGCACCCCUUCCCCCCGCACGCCCUCUCCCCAAUCCCCUCCCUCCUUCUCACCCCCACCGUCAGCUCCCAGCACUCUCCUCAAACCCAAACCCAGACAAAGAGAUGCAGACGGACGCCAUUCCCUCCCCUCCGCCCAGUCCCUCCACCUGGUCCUAAACUCACUCAACAGAGAGCAGGACGAAGAGAGCGGCAGAGUGCACCUCACUCUGCCACUCUCCUCCUCGCUACCGGCUUCCUUGUCAGAUGAGAAUGGGAUGACCCCUGAUGUGGAGAAUGCGGUGGUCAGCCCCAUCCUACCCUUCCUCUUCCUGGGCAACGAGAGGGACGCCCAGGACCUGGACCUGCUGCUGCGUCUCAACAUCGGCUACGUGGUCAACGUCACCACACACCUGCCCCUCUACCACCUCGGCUGCGGCCUGGUACGCUACAAACGGCUGCCGGCUACCGACAACAGCAAGCAGAACCUACGACAGUACUUUGAGGAGGUGUUUGAGUUCAUCGAGGAGGCUCACCAGAGUGGGCGAGGAGUGUUGAUUCACUGUCAAGCGGGCGUGUCCCGUUCGGCAACCAUCGUCAUCGCCUACCUGAUGAAGCACACCCUUAUGACCAUGACUGAUGCCUACAAGUAUGUGCGUGGCCGUCGUCCUGUGGUGUCUCCCAACCUCAACUUCAUGGGUCAGCUACUGGAGUUUGAGAGGGACCUCAACUCUGGGGUCACUCCUCGCAUCCUGACCCCCAAACUCAGCGGCCUGGAGACCCAGGUCUGACAGCAGGAUACGAGGAAUGGAGGGGAGGAGGAAACCAGCAUUGGGCCAGCCAUAGUUUUGUGAAGGGGAAAUGAAAGGUAGAGCGAUAAAGAGGGGAAUUCUAAUUGACAGAGUGUCCCUAUUGGCAUAGAUUAUGAAUAAAAUAUUGAAAUAGUGCACUUUCUAUAGAUUAUAGGAUAAAUCAUUUGAUUGGUUAACUCAUAAAUAGUCCCAUUUUUGGUCAACCUAAUCCUCAUCCAAUACCAUUUGUAAUUAUGUGCCAAGUUUUUAUAUAAUGCUUAGAUAUCAUUAUUUACCAUGAUCCACUGUAAUCAGAUGGCUCAUUUGAUGCUUGUGGUAUAGAGCAUUACAGAAGUUAAGGAAGUGCAAUGAGUCCUGGUCUGACUCAAGGCUGUCAUUUACAAAAUCCAUAAUGCAUGCAGAACCAAGAAUAGAAACAACUAUAGUGACACACCACCAUUCAGCUAUGACAACGAACACUAUCCAUAGCCCCAGAGAGGGCAUUCCAAUGCACUUUAUCAAUUUAUCAAUAUGUUUGGUCGUUUCAACUGAAGUGGCCCAGUCCCCACUGGGUCGAAAAUGUCUAAAUUACAUUAAAUAUAUAUAUAUAUAUAUAUACUGUAUCUUGGGAGUUGUGCAAUAGAGCAGCUUGUGGCUGGUGGAGGAGUGACCGAGGUUUAAUAUUGCCAAUUCUUAGGAAAAUGGGGUGAAACCAGAAACCUACAACUCAGUGAAUGAAACCAGAUCUGGUGCCAAUAGAGGGAUGGUCAAGAGCAACAAUACACAGACAACACUGAACAGAUUCAGCAGACUGUUAUUGAACAGAACUUAGUCAUGGAUCUAUCUAUGUUGUCUUUCCAACAGACAAUGGUUGAAAAGAUUGAAAAAGAUGAACACUGCAAAGUGUGUGCUUUAAUUAAGACACACAACUGCACCAAGAUGUUGUUCUUUGAGUGCCCUCCUUGUUUGUGGAAUAUUUCUUCUGAACAUGUUUACUAUUGCAUAUAUACAAGUACAGAGUAUUUAUUUUUAUUGAUGUGUUUUGUCAUAUAUUUUGUGUUCUUUAUGUCACUGCUUAUAUUUUAACUUAAAGAAUAUACAUUCUAUACAUGUAUGUAUUAAAAUGUAUCAUUACUGAGAAGGAAGUCGAGGAAAAAGAGGGAAUAUAGAAAAUACCCUUGAUCAUUUCUUGUAAUUGGGAAACAUACAGUAGUAAUGAAAAUCAGACUUGAAAGAUAAGAUAAAGGCAGCAGAGAGACAAUACUUGUCAACUUGUCUUCCUUUCGUUUAUGGCCUAGAUAAUUAUUUUAAAAAAUGGUUUGUUUAAACAAUACGUUUUCAAAGCAGUUGAUUUAUAUUAGACUUAUUCAAUGAAAUCCUUUGAUUGCCAUACCGAGGACUUUGAGGUCCUUAGUCAAACUAUUAGGUUGGGAAUGAAAAUAUAAUGCAAUGUUCAACUAUCCUAGUCUUUAGAUAGUAUCCAGGCCUUUAUCUGCCUUGUCUGUCUGCCUGUUUGUCUGCUCAUCUAUCUUUAUCCUCCACCCAUCCUAGUCUUGAGUUAAUUAGUUCUUCCUGAUCCGUUUAUUCCCUCAAGCUGUAUUCAGCUAUACCAUGUUACUGUGUGUAUACCAUGUUACUGUGUGUAUACCAUGCUCAGGAUAACAGAAAGGAGCAAUCCUUUGUAGCAGACAGAAUGAUACCUCUCUUACUCUUAUCUUCUGACGUGUUGUUGUAUCCCUUCUUUUGCCCUCCAGUGUCUGCUUUGUGCUCCCAUCUGCCUCUGUGGAGUUUGAAUCUCUUUUACUACAAUACUAUGCAUUGUUCUUGUUAAAAAUAUGGAUUUGAUCCGCGAAAACAAUAACAAAGCUUUAUCAUUGAGUUCACUGUGAAUCACACUCUUCCUGCAUAUUGUUUAGUUCUCAGCCUUGGUCCUUAAGGUUAAACCCAUCCAACUUGUAUUUAAUAUGGUGAGUUGUCAGUCGCCCCUUGAGCUCCUGUCUGUCAGACUGUGGCUCCUGCUCACUAGUUUUACAUUUACUGAUCCUUAUCGCACAAUUUAUUCUGUGAUGCCCAGCCAAGUUUGAUCUAUUACAGUCCUGCUAUGUAUCAAAUUUUGAUAUAAACUGAACAAAAAUAUAAACGCAACAUGCAACAAUUCCAUUCGAUUUUAUGGAAUUACAGUUCAUAUGAGAAAAUCUGUCAAUUUAAAUAAAUUCAUUAGGCAUUAAUCUAUGGAUUUCACACGACUGGGAAUACCGAUAUGCAUGGGGCAAACCACUCGCCAACACAACGCUAUACACGUGGUCUGCGGUUGUGAGGCCAGUUGGACGUACUGCCAAAUUCUCUAAAACAGCUUAUGGUAGAGAAAUUAACAUUCAGUUAUCUGGCAACAGCUCUGGU